GAACCCUAUAAAUAAUCCUGUCUUCUCCUGUCUUUCUCACUUCCCAGUUCUUAAGGCAGCAGGAAGCCAGCUGAGGAGGCUAGAAGAGGACCUUAGGGGAGAAAGGAAAGGAGGAAAGGGCGAAGAGGAGAAAGGAGGAGGACAAAGAGAAGACGGAGAAGGAAGAAGAACAUCAUGGCUAGUGAAUUAAAGAAGAAAGCAUUCUGGAGAGCUGUCGUGGCCGAAUUUUUGGCCAUGAGUCUCUUCAUCUUUAUCAGCAUCGGCUCAGCCCUGGGUUUCCAAUUCCCCGUGAUGGCCAACAAGACUAUCACGCCCAUUCAAGACAACGUGAAAGUCUCUUUGGCUUUCGGCAUCUCCAUUGCCACCAUGGCCCAAAGCGUGGGCCACAUUAGCGGAGCCCACUUGAACCCGGCCGUGACCUUAGGUCUCCUGCUCAGCUGCCAAAUCAGCAUCCUCCGGGCGGUCAUGUACAUUGUGGCACAGUGCCUGGGCGCCGUGGUGGGCACUGCCAUUCUUUCAGGCAUCACAUCCAAUCUGGAUGGCAAUCUGUUGGGACUCAACCAGUUGGCACCGGGGGUCAAUGCUGGUCAAGGCCUGGGCAUCGAAAUCAUCGCUACAUUGCAGCUGGUGCUUUGCGUGCUCGCUACCACGGACAAGAGGCGAACGGACCUCUCUGGGUCAGCCCCACUGGCCAUCGGUCUUUCCGUAGCUUUGGGUCACCUGCUGGCGAUUGAUUACACUGGUUGCGGCAUCAACCCUGCACGUUCCUUUGGAUCAGCUCUGGUGACCACUAACUUCGCUGACCACUGGGUCUUCUGGGUCGGCCCCUUAUUGGGGGGCGCCACUGCGGCUUUCAUCUACGACUUCAUCCUGGCCCCACGAAGCAGCGAGAUCACAGACCGUAUGAAGGUUUGGACCAGUGGCAGCGUGGAAGAGUACGAUCUCGACGCUGACGACUCGCGAGUAGAGAUGAAACCGAAAUAAAGGGAAGAGGGGGAUCUCGGAAAGCCAAAGCACUCAUUUCCGAAAACGUGCUCUGUCUCUCUCUCUCUCUUUUUUUUUUUCACACGUGCAUCUGUUGGAUCAGUAUUAUAGACUCUUUCUAAAAUGACCUGCCAUUUUUCCAUUUUUUGUAAGCUGCGAUGACUUUCCUUCUGUGUUUUUACUUUUUUUUUUUUCCCCCUCUCCAAAUUUCUAAACUUGAGCCUUUUGGGAGAAUUGAAGGGAGAUAUUCCUGGAGCCUCGUGUGUUCUUUUUUGUUGUUGUUGUUGUUCUGGAGCCAAAGGGAUAGGUGCCUUGAAAAAGUAGAUUAUUUUUGUAUUAUUUCAGCCUAGAAUGAUAGGAAGAGCCUGCCUGAAGCAAGGAAUAAAUAUGGAAUUAUGUUAUCCAGAGAGAGAGAGGAGAAAAGAAAAAAAAAGCCAAGGAAGAGAAAUGCCUUGAUCUUAGACCAAGUUCCAGAUUUUAGAAACGAGAAAGUCAAUGGCAAAAAAUAAAUUUAGUAGAAUAUUCUAGAGAACCUGGGCCAUUUGGAGAUAUUAGGAAAAUAAAUAUUUUUCUCCCUUGUUUAGAGCAGAGGUCUCCAAACUUAGCAGCUUUAAGACUAUGCUGGCUGAGGAAUUCUGGGAGUUGAAGUCCACAAGUCUUAACGUUGUCAAGUUUGGGAACCCCUGGUUUAGAGAAUAGAAUACACACAUAAACACACACGCACACACACACACAUUUUGAUGCCCUCAAAUCCGCGUUGACUCGUAAUAGCAACAGAGCCGUGUUCCUCACCUUUGGGUGGACUUCAACUCCCAGAAUUAUCCAGCUGAAAGUUGAAGUCUAUACUUGUUAAAGCAUGCGACUAGGGGAAUUCUGGGAGUUGAAGUCCACCCAUCUUAAAGUCACCAAGGUUGACAGAGACUGGCAUACAGUAGGUAGGUAGGCCUUCUCUGGGAUGAGGGUGUAGUUGCCUCUCCUAGAAUCACUGAAUGUGAGAGGAGACCUUAGGAUCAUCUAGUCUAACCCACUGCCCAAUUCAGGAAGCACUACUAUAGCAUUCCAGACAGAUGCCUUCUCCUGCUGAAGCAUCUCCAGAUAUCCCUCAUCACCCAAGGUAUCCUGUUCGCUUGUUGAAGAUCUUUAGAACAGGAGAUUCUAUAUCAUUUUAGACAAAUGGCUGUCUAAUCUCUUCUUAAAAACCUCCAGUAUUGGAGCUAUCCACAACUUCCGGAAGGAAAUUGUUCAACCGACUGAAUUGUUCUCCACUGUCAGGAAAUUUCUUCUUAGUUCUAGAUUGGAUCUGCCCUUAAUUAGUUUCUAUGCAUGGCUUCUUCUCCUGCCUGCAGGUGCUUUGGAGAAUAGCUUGACUGCCUCUUCUUUGGGGCAGCCCCUCAAAUCGGAAGACUGCUAUCAUGUCACCCCUAGUCCUUCUUUGCAUUAAACUAGACUAAUUCCUGCAACCAUUCUUCGUAUGUUUUAGCAUCGCUUGACAUGGCUCACUGAUGACCACUUAUAGAUUAUAUCCCCACAAGGCAUUAAACAGGGUCACUUGGAAGCGUGGUGCCUAAUAACCAGCUCUUGCUUAGCAUGUACAUAUAUGCGUGCCACUUUGCAUGUUGUCCAAACCAUGAAAGAAAAAAAAUACUUUGAUAAAGAAGCUAUACAUAUUACAAGAUUACCGCCAUACCUUAAUGUAAGAAUCUCUCUUCUCUAAACCGCUUCUCUAAAUAUGUUUAUUUCCUAACUUCAUUUUCUACGGAUGUCAACUGUCACUAAAAUUGUGAAAUUGGUGACAAUUUCACAGUUGCCUUGCUUGGGAACCUAAAGUGUAUUGAUUAUUCGCUGUGUAUCUUCCAUCCAGAAAUGUUCCACAAAAUCCAAGUAAAAACAUCUGAAUAUC